AUGAAACUCCUCGCCUUGUUACUCUCCGCAGUGUUCGUGGGGGCGAUAGUUCCUCCCCCUUCCUCCGAGAAUGAUCUGUCCCACUGUAACACCAAACUCAAGGACAUCCCGGGGCACCCCAUGUGUGUCUAUCGUACUCCAGAAAAGAAAGUCCAGCCGACAGAGACAGGAGCGGGAGUGACACAGCCAAAAGCCAAGAGGCUUCCUGAGAACACCAACCCUCGAGUCUGGGAGCUGUCCCGGGCCAACAGCAGAUUCGCCUUCAAUUUUUACAAAUACUUAGCCAAUUCGAAGUCUGAUGAGGAGAAUGUCUUCCUGUCACCCCUGAGCAUCUCCACCGCUUUCGCCAUGACGAAACUGGGAGCAUGUGGCGACACCCUGAAACAGCUAAUGGAGGUCUUUAAAUUUGACAGCAUCACAGAGAAGACGUCAGAUCAGGUUCACUACUUUUUCGCCAAACUCAAUUGCCGCCUGUACCGGAAGGCCAACAAGUCCUCGGAGCUGGUGUCGGCAAACCGUCUCUUUGGUGACAAGUCGUUGAGGUACAACGAAACGUUCCAGAAUAUCAGCGAGGCGGUGUACAGAGCCAAACUCAUCCCUGUCAACUUCAAGGAAAAGUUUAAGACAGCCAGAAAGAUCAUCAACUCUUGGGUGGCCAACAAGACUGAGGGGCUCAUCAGGGAUGUCAUCCCUCCAGAUGCAAUAACAUCCUUAACCACCCUGGUCCUUGUUAACGCAAUCUACUUUAAGGGACUGUGGAAAUCCAUGUUUGAGAAGGAGCUGACAUCUCAAAGGGAAUUUGAGAGGCCAGCUAACAACCGCUGCCAAGUCCCAAUGAUGCAGCAGCAGGGCUCCUUCCGCUUUGGCAAAUUCUCCAAGGACGCGGCAAAGGUGAUCGAGCUGCCAUACAAGGGGGACGACGUGUCCAUGGUGCUGAUUCUCCCGACAGCCGAGGGGAGCCUGAGGGAGCUCGAGAAGCAGCUGACGCAUGAGAAGGUGUUGGGGUGGCUCAGCCAACUGAGAAUGACAGACGUUGACCUCUCAUUGCCGCGGUUCCGGGUCGAGGAUUCUUUCAGUUUGACCAACAAGCUGAAGGCGAUGGGGCUGGUCGACCUCUUCAGUCCCGAGAAAGCCAAUUUGCCAGGACUAGUUGAAGGAUUCCACAAUAACUUUUAUGUCUCAGAUGCUUUCCAUAAAGCCUUCCUGGAGGUGAAUGAGGAAGGUAGUGAAGCAGCAGCAGCCUCAGCAGUGAUGGUGAUGGGCCGGUCACUGCGGCCCAGCCUCGAGAUCUUCAAUGCCAACCAGCCAUUCCUCCUCCUGAUUCGAGAAGUUGCCAUCAAUGCUAUCAUCUUCAUGGGGAGAAUAUCUGACCCAUGUGUCGAAUAA